CGAGGCCCCGCGUGGAGCUGCUGUGAGAAUUGUCCAGCAUGUGUUCACUAACAGAAAAGGACAGACCAAUUGUUCAGCUGUUACUGAGCACUGGCACUUGCCCACGGUGUAUUUUGAGGUUCUGCCACGUGGGAUCACAGACACUUUAUAGGCAUCCAUACAAGGAUUUGAUGAAAGAUUUAGAAGAAUUUCUGAGAAAUAACCGAGAGAAAGAAGAUAGAGUUUGUUUUGAUGUAGUCGAUCCACCUUGUAAGAGAAUCAGACUUGAACACACGGAAGGACCUGAUGAUCCAAACCACAAUGGAGGUCUCCAGCAGAUUCCUUUGGUUAAUGAUGCGAAUACUGCAGUGGAGAACUCAGCUGUGAAGGUUUGCAAUGUGUGCUUGGGAAUUCUCCAGGAGUUCUGUGAGACUGACUUUGUUAAAAGGGUGUGCCAAAAGGUUCAUUCCGCCAACUACCAGUUCACUAGUUUUGUGUUUUCUGUGUCACUACCACCACAGCUGUCUGUUAGGGAGCAUGCUGCUUGGCUGCUGGUAAAACAGGAAAUGGGAAAUCUGGGCCUUUCCUUGUCAAAGGAUGAUAUUGUUCAGCUGAAAGAAGCUUUUAAGUGGAUUAUUCAUCCCCAGUUGUCAGAAGAGUUGGGUGUUCCUGCUGAUGGAAAGAGUUUGUUUGAAGUUAGUGUGGUCUUUGCUCAUCCAGAAACAGACGGGGAGUGCCAUUUCCUAGCCACAGCCUGUCCAGACUGUUUUAAACCAGCAAAGAACAAACAGUCUGUUUUCACCAGAAUGGCAGUUUUAAAGGCCCUAGAGAAGAUAAAAGAAGAAGAUUUUCUCAAGCAUUUUCCAUGUCCCCCAAAUUCACCAAAGAACCUCUGUGAUGCGCUGGAAAUUCAGUGCAAUAAUGGUGCAAUUUUUGUGGCUGGAAGAUACAACAAAUAUUCAAGGAAUUUACCUCAGACUCCCUGGAUUAUUGAUGGGGAGCGGAAGCUGGACUCUUCAGUGGAAGAACUGAUUUCAGAACAUAUAAUGGCAGAAUUCAAAGCAGAUAGCUUUAAUUUUUCUUCCUCUGGAAGAGAAGAUGUGGAUGUAAGAACACUAGGCAAUGGAAGGCCCUUUGCAAUUGAGCUUGUGAAUCCUCGUAGAAUACAUUUCACGUCAGAGGAAAUGAAGGGACUUCAGCAGACAAUUAAUAACUCUUCAGACAAAAUACAGGUUCGAGAUUUACAGCUUGUCACCAGAGAGGCCAUUGGUCGUAUGAAGGAAGGUGAGGAGGAAAAGACGAAGACCUAUAGUGCUUUAAUAUGGAUAGACAAAGCAAUACAGAAAGAAGAUAUUGCAUUUUUAGAUGAUAUUAAGGAAUUAAAACUUGACCAGAAGACACCUCUCCGGGUUCUUCACAGAAGGCCACUAGCUGUAAGAUGUCGGAUCAUUCACACCAUGAAAUCUGAGUACAUAGACGAGCAUCAUUUUCGCCUGCAUCUGAAGACUCAGGCAGGGACCUAUAUUAAAGAGUUUGUGCAUGGAGACUUUGGAAGAACAAAGCCCAAUAUUGGCUCUCUUCUGAACAGAACUGCUGACAUACUGGAGUUGGACGUAGAAUCUGUUGAUGUUGACUGGCCUCCAACCUUGGAUAAUUAA